AAUGUGUCGUUCAAGUGUGCAAAAAAUGCAUCGUGUUUUUGCCGUAUUCAUAUGGGCUUCCAGUUGGGAGAGGAUAAGCAGAACCAAUUUGUUUCGUUCAGCUCGAAGUGGUGGGCUAGGUCUGUCGCAUUUGUUUAUCAGACAAAUUGUGUCGCGUUUUCUUUUUUUUCGGGAUCAGAGAAAUGAUUUUCUACGCACAGUAAUUCAAGUUCGUUUGGGAAAAGCACUGCCGCAAUAUGUUGUAACGACCAGUGAUGUGAAGGGAGGAAGUAUUAGGGGCUAUCUGCGCGAAGUGGUUGAUUCACUUCGUAUGUUGAGUGUGCGGUUUUCCAUGGAAUAUCUGUGCUCUGUGACAAGAAAAACACUGUAUAAAGACUUAGUUGAUACAAUGUUGCCAAUACCAUUGUACAGGUCUGUAAACUGGGGAGGCCAAGGAGAUGAUGUACUGAAACGGGUGAAAAAAAUGCCAGUUAGACCCUCUCAAAAAACGUUUUUCUUUAAGCUACACACAAACACGCUACCUGUAAAAACAUGGUUAGACGAAAAAGGAAUAUAUGUGCCAUGGACAGUAAACUGCUUACUUUGUAAAAAGCCAGAGACCAUUGAACACGUUUUCAUCGAUUGCUGGGACCCAACAUUUCAUUGGGAUAUCUUACAACGUACACUUAAAAAAGAACUACCGAUCACACCUCUUGGUAUUCGAUAUUUGCCAACAGAUAACGAAGGAGGAGUUCCGUACGAUAUGUUUAUGCUCCUUGGCCUCCACAGUCUGUGGAAAACGAGAAUGGCAGUGCGACACUCGGAUGUCGAUACCCGUCCGACGAGAAUAAACUUCAUCGAAAGUGUCGCGUAUAUUCGGGCAAUAUAUCGUGCCCAGAGUGAGCCCCCCGAGUGGGUGGCUAUUCUUGAUGAACUGAUCAAGCUGAAGCGAUUUUAAUAUAUAAUGUUAGCCAAAGUGUGGUUGACAUGUUUUGGCAUUUGAAUGUGUUCUUGGUUUGUGCUGCAAACAGACAAUAAAAAAAAAAAAAAAAAACUCGUGGCUCAGUGGUAAUGUCUCCGUCUCACACUCC